GUCUGAUUGGAGAGGCACCCUACUAUUAAUAUUGCCACGGAAAGAAUAAACUUUGCAAAUAAAUAAAAAGGUUAUUAGUAGAGUUUCGUAGAUUGCAGUCGAUUUUAUUGAAAUAAAGAUAGCAAAAUGGGUUCAAGUAAGCGACAUAAGACUGACAAAAGUCGUGAUACAAAAAAGAAACGACAUAGAAGUCGUUCUCGUUCAUAUUCUCCAGAAAAAGACAGAUCAGAUAAACAUAGGCAUCAUAAGAAACACAAGAAGAAAGAUCGCAAAGACUAUGAUAGCGAUGUGGAGAUUGUGGAAACACCACCACCGCCACCACCAAAGAUAUCCAGAAUCCACCAACAUGUAUCUCCUCCCUCACCUGAAGUUCUGGGCAGAGAUAGGCAUUCUCAUCACAAGGAUGAAAGAGUAAGUAAACACAAAAAGUCUCCUUCUCCCGUAAAUAGUGGACAAUCUGUGACAUCACUUUCUAUUGAAGAAACAAAUAAACUCAGAGCAAAGUUAGGUUUGAAACCAUUGGAAGUAGAAACAGGUCCUAAGGAAGGUUCAGAUCUUUAUAAAGAUGAUUUGGGCGAAUUUCACCAUAAGCCUGCUGUUAAUAUCAGCGAAAAAGCAAAAACAGAAAAGCUUAAAGAAAAGCUUAAGAUGAUGAAGCAGAAGAGAGAAAUUGAAUCAUCAUUGGCUGCUAUAAGAACAUUGGGUGACAGUGAUUCAGAGGAGGAUGCUUCAGAAUGGGUCAGGAAAAAUAGAAAAAUUGAAGAAGAAAAGAAAAAAGCUGCAGAAAGAGCAAAGUUAUUAGAUCAAAUGGAUGAAGAAUUUGGAUUAGACAAUAUAGUUAAAGAAGAUGUUCACAACGAAAUGAAAAAAGCAUAUACUGAAAAAAACCUUAAAGGACUUAGAGUAGAACAUCAUUUGGAUAACUUUCAAGAAGGAAGUCAAGUUAUACUAACAUUAAAAGAUAAAGAAGUGUUGGCAGAAGAUGAUGAUGUUCUAGUUAAUGUAAAUAUGUUAGAUGAUGAGCGUUAUAAAAAAAGCAAUUUAAUCAAGUCUAAGAAACCUGGAUAUGAUGCAUAUGAUGACAGUAAUUUCGAUGAAUUUGGAAUGUCUAAAAGUAAAGUUUUAGAAAAAUAUGAUGAAGAAAUAGAAGGAGAAAAACGUGACAGUUUCAAAAUUGGUCUGGUCAAUAUUAAAGCAGAAAAAGAGAGAAAAUCUGAAAUUAUAAAGAACCGUCUUGCUAACAAACGUUUAGAGACGUUGCAACUAGCAGAUCCAAAAAUUGCUAGUGAAUAUUAUAAUGAAGAGGAACUGACCAAGUUCAAGAAACCAAAGAAGAAGAUCCGAAAAAUUCGAAAGAAAGACAAAAUGUUGAAAGCAGAUGACCUGUUGAACAGCAAUGAUUAUUUAAGUGACUUAGGCAGCAGGAGAAGGAAAAGAGAAGAGAUCAAAGAGGAGCCAAAUGAUUAUUUGGAUGUUGAUGACCUAGGAGCUCCAAAAGAAGAUUUAAGUGGUAUGAAACUAGAAUAUGACGAUCGUGAUUUGGAUCGCAAAAUAAAGCAGAAGGCACAGAAAUUGAAGGGACCAAUCACAACAUUAAAACCUGAAAAAAUGACUUUAAGAAUCAAACAGGAGGUAGAUAAUUCAAUGGAAACUGAAGUUAGCGGAAGUAAUAUUGUAUUAAAUUCAACAGCUGAAUUUUGUAGAACACUUGGAGACAUUCCAACAUAUGGUCAAGCUGGCAAUCGAGAAGAAAAUACUCAAGAAUUUAUGGAUCUUGAAAUGGAUGAGGUGAAACACGAACCUGUAGAUGAUGACGAAGUUAUGAACGGUAGAGGCACUUGGAAUACAGUUGACAUGGAAAAAAUAUCGAUAGAGCCUUCUGCUGCAGAAGCUGCCAUUUUGGAUGCUGAACCUUCACUUGAUCAAGGGGUUGGUGGAGCACUGAAAUUGGCUAUGAGUAAAGGUUACUUGCAAAAAGAGGAUUCAAAUCGACCUUCAGCUUCUAGAUUUGCUCAUCUUAAAGCUCAAAAUUACUCGAUCGAAGACAAAACGUAUGGAGAUGAUGACAAAUUCAACAGGAGAGACAGAUUUAAUGGACCAACUUUAGACUUUAAAGAAAAGGAUGGAUUUAGACCAAAUGUUAAAUUGGAAUACAUUGAUGAUGAAGGACACGUACUUAAUGAAAAAGAAGCCUUUAGAUAUUUAUCACAUAAAUUUCAUGGUAAAGGCCCAGGAAAGAAUAAGGUUGAAAAGAGAAUGAAGAAAUCGGAACAAGAAAGUUUAAUGAAAAGAAUGUCUUCAACAGAUACACCUCUGGGUACUUUAACACUUUUGCAGGCAAAACAAAAAGAAACGCAAUCACCAUUCAUUGUUUUGAGUGGUAGUAAACAAAUGCAAACAGCUAGUAUUUCUAAAACGAAGAACUAGAGAUGUACAUAUUCAAGGGAAAAAUUUAUGAACCAUAAAUUUACACGUUGACGAAAACAAUUACGAAACUAUAGACGUUAUGUCAUGAUUGAAAAUGCAUCAGUAAAUUUUAUUUAAAAAUAAACUAGUUCAAAUUAUUGCAUAAUUUUUAUUUUUACAUUGCUCUAUUCACUCAUUUUGCUGCCAGUUGUUGCAAUGUAUUAAUAAACGAGAAAAGUGACAAGCACUUUAAAUUUGUGAUAUAUUACACUAUACCAUUUAUCCGUUAUUUCAAAGAACAUGAAAAACUAAAUUAUAUUAAAACAUGUAAAACCUAAAUAAAUAAAUAU